AUGUCUGAAAUAGAGAGGAGAUUUCUUGAUACUUUUUUGUUUUGGGCAACUCAAAAAGGGAGGAUUAAGGAUGGGAGAUUGCGAGGACAUGGAAUGCAAGUCGGUGAUACUGUUUCUGGGCCAAGGUCAGACUUAUCUUCUGCAGAAGUCAAAAAAGGUUAUGAGUUUCUCCUAUCACUGGUUCCAGGAAGAUGGACUUUACCAAAUGUAUGCUGCCCGUUGUUUCAUAAGUUCAUCGAAUACAUCCUUCAGAAUGUGAUGGAUCUUUUCAUGAACAAGAAUGAGCUGGACAAGUUUGUUCUUCUGAAGAAAGAGUUUCAAGUCCUUGAAGAAAGUUUAAAAUAUCUCAAAACCUUCCUCAAUUUCAUAAAAGAUGCAAACAUAGAACUAGAGAAAUCGAGAAUGCUCUUUGAUCACGUGGAGGUUGUCACUCGGAAUGCUGCUUACAUUUGUUACCUAUGUUAUGUGGAAGAAGUGGACAAUGAUCUGGCAUCUAGUUUGAGACUUAAGAUCUCUAACGUUUUGCGAGAUAUCAAGCCCCUUGAUCCCCGUGUUUCAGAAAUCUAUACUGGAGCUCUAAGAGGUUUAGUUAAAUUCCAAAUCCAGUACAUCCGGGAUGUGAAAGAAUUUGUGGAAGGUUUUGUUCAGUUUCUCUUCAAGGAUCUGUUGGAGUUAUCAAAUGGUGAGGCAUAUUCUUUGAUGUUUCCUCUUAUAAAUGACCUUUACCAUGCAUCAAAGCAAUUGGUAACUUUGCUCAUUUAUCCACCUGAAGAUCUAUGUGUCAAUCAGGGGAAAUUGAGUGACAUUCUUACAUGCAUUGAAAGUCUUAUUGCUGAGGUAGCAUCUGCUGCUUACUCUUUCUCUGUUGAUAAAGCAGCAGAAGUUAACUCGGUAUUUGCAGACUUGUUAAAAAAGAUUGACAGUGUCAUGGAAGAUGUAAAAGAUGUCAUUUUGGAAGCUCCAUUAUCAUCACAGUGUAAUUACCCCAGGACAGAUGGAUUAGGUUUUAUUGAUUCCCUCUUACGAUAUCUGAAUGAUCUGCUGCAAGACGGAAAGUGUGAUUCUGUUGUCAAGCAUCUUAUCGCAGAAUCUCAGGAGGAGUUAUCUCUCCUAAGAUCCUUCAUGGAGAAAUUUGAGAAGAAAAAACAUGAGUUUGAGGAGGUGAAGAAACAUGAUCUUUGGACAAAAGUCAUAUCUCUCGCAUACCAGGCGGAAUGCAUUAUUGAUUGCCUAAUUACCGGAGAUUAUCCUGUUUGGUAUCUGCAUUUGUUAUGUAAGAUCACAAAAGAAACUAAGCUUGUCAAGGAUCAGUUGGAAGAGUUCCAUGCUACGAUUGUGCGAGAAGUUGAAGUCCCUAUCGAAGAACAAACACCAAAUCCUGUCAGACAAGUAGUUGAGACUACACAACUUGAUGAGGUAGUGGUAGGUUUUGAUGAAGAGACUGACUUGCUAAUCAACCGGCUCACUAGAGGACCAAAGGACUUAGAUAUUGUGUCUAUUGUAGGGAUGCCUGGUCUUGGAAAGACUACACUAGCAAAGAAAGUUUAUCAUGAUGAGAACAUACAACAUCAUUUCGAUGUCAAAGCCAAGUGUUGUGUUUCCCAAGCUUAUGACAGGAGAAAGUUGCUGCUUGAAAUCUUGAAUCAAGUUAAAAGUUCCAAUCAACAGAAUGAGAAAAAUCCAGCAGAUGCUUUGCGGAAAUUCUUAAAAAGGAAGAGGUACCUUCUCUACAUUGAUGACAUUUGGAGUGUUGACACAUGGGAUGACUUGAGAGGAUGCUUCCCGGAUGAUAAUAACGGAAGCAGGAUUUUAUUAACUAGCAGACUCAGCGAUGUGGCUUCAGAAAUUAACCCUGAUAGAGCACCUCUUCACCUUCGUGUUCUUUCCGAAAAUGAAAGUUGGGAACUAAUGAAAAUCAAGCUGUUCAAGGAACAAACUUGUCCACCAGACCUAUCAAAAGUAGGAGAAAACAUCGCGAGAAAGUGUCAAGGACUACCUCUCCUUGUGAUUUUGGUAGCUGGAGUUUUGUCUGGAAUAAGCAAAAAUGAGGAAAGUUGGAGAAAAAUUGCAGAGAGUAUAAAUUUAGAUACUGUCACUAGUGCAAAAGAGUGCUUGGAUGUAAUAGAAUUGAGCUACAAGCACUUGCCAGAUAACCUCAAGCCCUGCCUGCUUUAUUUUGCAUCAUUUCGAGAGGAUGAAGAAAUUUCAUCCACAAACUUGGCAUGGUUAUGGACUAUUGAGGGAUUUAUUCCAAACACAGAGGCAAAGAGUGUAGAGUUUGUUGCGGAAAGUUUACUGAAUGAUCUCAUCGGUAGAAGCUUGAUUAUGGUGAGCAAGAAAAGGUCAAUCGGAGGAGUCAGAACAUGUCACAUUCAUGAUGUGUUGCAUGAUUUUUGUGUGACAAAAGCUAAGGAAGAGAAGUUUAUGCAGCUAACAAGCAAUGGGAAGACAGAUUUGUCAAGUUCCUUUUAUGAGAAUCGGAGGCUUUGCAUUGAUCAUAGCCUUUAUUGGGCAGAGAGGAUUGGAAACCUGCAAGUUCGGUCUGCAUUCUUCAGACCCCCGAAAUCUGGCAGCCAGGAAAUUUUUGAUCUCGAGAACUUUAAACUUGUAAGAGUUCUACAAAUGGAAUGUCCUGUGUCAGACAGUUCAUUCCAGAGAUCAACAGAUCAGAUCCAUCUGAAGUACUUAGGAAUCAAAGGCUAUAUGGAAUCAAUGCCAUCAUGGAUAUCGAACCUUUCAAACCUAGAGGUAUUGCUUGUAAUAACAGUAGGCAGUGGUACAAUACUGCCGAUGACCAUCUGGGAUAUGCCAAGGUUAAAGCAUGUCCAUGUAGUACCUGUUGCAUCUCUUGAUGGAGGUAUUCCUCGCAAAUCAACAAACAUAUGUUGCUUAGAGACCUUGGCCACAGUGUCUCUGACUAAUAAGCAAGCAGACUACAUGAUCAAGAUGGCAAAUAGACUGCGAAAGCUCAAGUGCCAGUGUAAAGAGCCUCUCAAACUCAGAUUGGAUGCUCUUCAACUUGAAACACUCAGUGUGAAUGGUAAGAUCUUGAAAUUCAGCUUGCCUGAGACACUAACAAAGCUAACUCUAUCAGAUGUUUUGUUGCCACAAAGUGUAAUGUCUAAUAUCGGAAGAUUACCAAAUUUAGUGGUUCUCAAGUUGGAGCAUAGAGCAUUUCAGCAGGGGAAAUGGGACAUUGAAGAUGAAGAGUUUCCAACCCUCAAGGUUCUUAAAUUGAGAUCCCUCAAAAUUACAACAUGGGAUGCCUCGAGUGAGUCCUUGUCAAACCUCGAACAGCUUCUGGUAGAAAGCUGCUUCCAUCUUCAAGAAAUUCCCUCUGUUGUUGGAGAAAUUCGUACUCUGAAGAUGAUUGAAGUGAAACGAUGCGGUGAGUCUCUUGAAAACUCAGUCAGGCAAAUUCAGGAAGAGCAAGAAGGAUAUGGAAAUGAAGUGCUCAAGGUCCUUAUUUACCCCUUGGAUUCGUCAACCUGA